AAAAUAACGGCAACAUCGCUAUUUGGCGUCCAUCUUUAAUCUUUUGAUGUGUUGUGUUAUUUUAACAAAAUUGUAAUAAAAUUGUUAUUAUAACUUUUACAAUAAAUUUAAUACAAAAAUUGUAUUCAAGAGAUUUAUCUGUGCAUUACAUCGUUGAAUAUUAACUAGCAGAUGAAGUGUGCAAAUGGAUAGGUUGAGCCACUUGCGGGGUGAAGCGGGGAGCUCGCGGGACUCCACGCUCGACACCACGUCCCCGCCGAGCGAGUCCUUCAUGACGGCCAACGAGAGCAACUCCAAGUACUACUCUCUGUCAGAAGUCGACUCAACAUUCGACAUUUCAUCCAUAAAGGAUGUUUCAAUGGGCAGCGCGACCACAGGCUCUGACGAGACUAUAACGAACACCGAUGAGUUGAUCUCAAACCUGUCGCCUAUUGGCAAGAAGAGUGACAUAUUAGAUAGCUACAAAAUUGGUAAACAGAUAGAGGCUGCAAACAUUCUCUCUGGAGGUGUUGACAUCUUUGAUGACAAUGACAACUCAUAUGAUGGCGACGAGCUGGUGAUUGAUGAUGCUGUGGAUGUGGAUGAUAAGUCUAACUCGGAGCUGAAGCAGGUGGAGAGCAUGCAGUACAAGUCUGAUGAGAAUGAGUCGACCCUGAUGAAUGAGGAUGUUGAUAUUGCUAGUAAGGAUACUGAAGUGGUGCUACAAAUUGAUGGUAAAAACGUAGAUGCUAUUGAUAUUGGUAACGGACUCUACUUGUAUAGGAAGGAAGGACAGGAAGAGUUGGCCGCUGUUCAGAUCAUUGAUGAUGAUCAACAGCAACCAAGUUUUAAGUUCCUUAAAGUUCGUGAAAAUGCCGAAGGUAAUUUAGAAGUAUAUGAAGAAAUAGAAAUAGAAGUACCUAAAGAAGUGCCUGCAAAAGAAGGAAAGACUCCAGAUAAGAAAAUUUCAUCACAUGUGCCUAUUAAGGAUAUCAAUAAGGUGAUUAGUGAUACCUCUUGCAACAAAGUUGCUGAAAGGAAGAGAACACCAAGAAAAGAACCAAAAGCAACUGUUACUGAAGUUGAAACUGAAAUAAGUAAGGAAUUAUCACCUGAUAACAAAUCUGAAGUGAACUUUAAUGGGAAGAUGAUGAAAUUUAAUGAAUCACGAAAAUCUCCUGUCAUAGGUAGCUUUACACCUAUGACGUUUCAUUCAACACCCAACAAAGAAGGUAUACCAUUAACUAAGACCAUGGUAGACCAACAGUUGCACCCAAAUCGGCAUUCAGAUAAUAUUAAAAAAACCAUUGAGGUGCAUACUGAUAGUUGUAAGCAAAGACCAAUUGAUUCACUCUCUAAGUUCAAAGAUGCUGAUGACAAUAAAAUAAACGAUAUAUCUAGUACUGAGAAAGAAAUUGAUUUAGAUGAAACUAAUGAAAAAGAUAUUAAUAUAGAAGAAUCUAUUGCAAAAGAUGAUAUUGUUGAAGUAAAUGAUAAAAGGAAUGAAGAAACAGCUGUAUUUGAAGAAGCUGGUCAACUUAUAAUAGAGGAAGAUAGUGAUAGUCUAAGAAUUAUCCAGUCAGAAUCAAAUGAAUCUGACAAAAAGGAAAUUGUUGAAAAAUGUGUUCCCAAAGAUACAUUAGUUGUUGCUGUUGAACAAGAUAAUGUAAUUGAUUCAACGGAAAGUAAUUCUAAUAAGAGUCCCUUAGUUUUACAAGAUGUUCAAGCUGAAACUGUUGAUGAAAUUAAAGAAAAUACUGAAAAUGAGAGUGCGGUUGUUGCAACUGAAAAGCCUGCCGAAAGUGUACUCAGUGAGAAAACAGAAACAACAAAUAUUGAAUCUGAACCCGACAGUGGCAAAGCUGAAGUGGCUGCAGUUGAGACAGUCAUAGUUGAGACUGAAACUGAACAGCAAACAAAAGAAAAUGAAGUUAUCGAAAUAAUUGAAGAUGACUCAAAGGAUGCUAUGGAAAUAGACAUUCAAGAAACUAUUGAAGAGAAAGCCGAAAAGGUUGACGAAAGUGAUAAAGAAAAGAUUACAAUUGUAGACAAAACAAAUGAAAGUGAACAAAAAGCCAAGGUUUGUGAAAAAAUAAAUGAACCUCAAAGUAAAGAGGCUGACGAUAUUAUAAUUAUUGAUGACAGUGUAGCAGAAGAGUCUGUUGUUGAGGAAAGCAUUAAGCCUGAAACUCAAAAAAUUGUUACUGAAAUAACUGUUAGUGAAAGAAAUGCUAUGGAAAGUAGCACGAAAAUAAAUGUUGAGGAGAAAGGUAAAGCUAAAGAAAAAAUUGUAUCUAAAAACGCUGUGCCUCAAGAACCAGAAAGUGUUCAAGAUAAAGAUUUAAAACUAGAAGAAUCAACAAAAAAGAAUGACGUGAAAAAUGAGAGUAAAGAUACUGAACCAAAAGCAACACCAGAAACGGAAAAAGAAAAAGUUGUUGAAGUUGCUUCAGAUAGCGUGAAAAAUAGCCAAUCUAAAAUACCCGUUCCACAACCCACUAAGGAUACAAAUAAACCUACUGAAAGUGAACUUACAUCUAAAACGGAAUCCUCUAAACCAAUGGAAAGUAGUGAAAAAGUCGACAAACCAAAAGAUAUUCCAAAAGAAACGGUUCAAGAAAAAAUAGUCGAACCCGUUCAAAGUAUUCCUUUGGAUUUAGAACCAACAUUAAACAAAAAGACUGAAUCUCCAAAACAUAUUCCGAUAGAGCUAAUCAAACCGCAAGGGAAAUUAAAAGCUAAGUCGAAAAAUGUUGAAAAGUCAACUCUUAUACCAACAAAGGCUGCUUUAGUAAAACCUUUAAAACAAGAAGUAAUGAAAGAAAAUGCACAGGACAAAUGUAAUAAGAAGGAACCCGAAAAGUCUACAAAAGUACUUGAGCCACCAAAAAGUGCAGUACCUACAAAGGUAGAAAGUAUUGAUGUGACUCAAGUUGCAAAAACAGAUGAUGUCGCCAAAGAACCAGCUGUGACCGAAAAGGAAAAAACAAUAACUCAAGAAAAACCCGAGCCUGUUCCUAAUGUAGUUGCUGACUCAACAGUUCAUAAGGAAGAACAGAAAGACAACAGCUUGCCAUCCACAAGUGCUGAUAGUGAAACUGUAAAAAGUGAAGGAGUUGUAAAUAAAUCAUCUAUUGAAGAGCCAAUGCCUUGUAGCUCCUCCAAACCAGACGUCUGCAGUUCAUCAUCAGACGUUAAAGAAGAUGCGAAACCAGACACAAGUGAUAGAAGCGAGCCUGGGACAUCAGGUGAGUCUAAGCCCAAAAACAAUGCUGCUGUACCAUUCGGAAAAUGGACGGCGACCAAUAGAAAAGAGUUCUUGGAUAAAAUUAAGACGAGAGUCCCACAACCAGCCCCACAGUCAACCAGUAAUCAGCUGAAAAACUCCAACGAUCUCAACAGAAGAGAUGUAUUAAAGAAAAUUGACAGCCAAAGGCAAUCUAGUAACGCCCUAUCAAAAUCUCAGGAAGCCAACAAACAAAAUGUGAAGAACGAAACUGCAUUUGGAAAAACCAAUUUAAUCAAUAAGGAUAAUAGUACUCAAGAAAGCAAAAUACCCUUGAAGGUGGAAACUGAACCUGAGACAAAUGCUGUAGUUGCUAAAACGACGGCGAAAAAGGAGGAAGCAGAACCGAGUAAAACUCAGAACGAGCCAUCUCAAGCAGCUGUUACCACAAAUGUGCCCAAAAAAGAAGCCUCAGAGAGAACUGAAGUCAAUUACCAACAUUUAAUUGACAAAACUAUUGAAGGCAUGAUACACAGAACCGUUGCACAAAAAUCAUCUUCCGAUGAACCAAACCAAAACUCUACUAAAGAUGAAAGUGCUCCUGAAUCUGCUAAAUACGCACUUAAUUACGAACCAACAGACCAGGCGACUCUAGACGCCAUAGAAAUGAAAAUGAAUGAGUUACAUGGAAUUCCUUUUAUAGAGAGACCUCCUCACGAAUUGCCACAAGUCCCUAUUACCGAGGUUAAACCUGUUACAAAAACAGAUACUGAAAAGCAACCAGCUCCCGUAAAAGCUUCGAAAAUACCGAAUCUCUUACCAUUCACAAAUAAAAAUCAACAGUGGGUCAUCAAAGGAAACGUUGUAGAAGUAGAUUCAGAAGAAGAAAUAAUUGAACAUGAACCUAUCACAGGUGAUAAAGACUUAACAAAGAAAACUACUGGACAUAAGCAUACUAUAAAGGAGAAAUUGUUAAAUAGCGUAACGGCAGAUGCUGCAAAGAAGGAGGCAAUAAUUACAGAAAACGAAUUUGAUAAAUUCGCGAGAAGAAAUUCUAUCACUUAUGAGAACUGCCUAACUGUUAACUUUGAUGGUAAAGAAGCUCACAAGGUCAUCCAAAAUGUGGUUGAGAAGGACCCAUAUCCAAAAAGCUAUUCAAGAAAUGACAUAGCCCGCAACGACCCUAAGUCACGGCUUACAUACAAAUACCAAAAUAUGCGUCAAAAUACUGCUCCGGUUAAAGUUCAUCAAUCAAAUAAAUUCGGCACUGCUACAGAAGAUUCGUCGAACAGGAACCACUCUAAGUUACAAAAAGCUUACCAAUCAGCUUUGACGGCAAAACGACAAAUGGAAUGUCCUAUUACCAUCAUUGAAGAUAAACCAGUCAAAGUUGUUUUCAUGGACAAUAUGGAGUUUGUUCCAAGUCAACUUAACGUUCAGGGUCAAGAACUGUCGCCCGCCAAGAAACGGGAAAUAGAGGCUGAUAAUGUAACAGUCAGUACUGUUGAUUCUUUGGAAUUGGAUGUCUUAGAUAAUACAGAUGAUAGUAAGUCCCAAGAUGAAGUAAAAAUCAAAACUAAGCAUCAGAGAAAACAAGUGUUCACACCAGUCGAUGAGCCUGAGCUAGAACUAAUAGAACCAAAGGAUUUAGGACUAGAGUCCUCGCCUAAGAAGAAAAAGAAAUCAGAUGAAGAUAAAACUGUUAAAUACCCGAUGCGUAAGAAAUACUACUUACUCGGUUCUAAUACACUAACGGAGGAAAAAGUUGUGAACACUGCAGAAGUCGUGAAAAACCCGCUCAAGGAAACUGUAAAUCGAAACGAUAAUGGGGUUUCUCAUAAAAAUGCUGUCUCAGCUAUCGAUAGUUUGGUCAAAGCGGCUGAGCUUCUCGAACACCAAUCAGAAAACUUCAACCUGAGUGAUUCCCCUAAUCCCGAUAGUCAGAACAGCACCCCUGUAAAGAGAGGAAGGGGACGCCCAAGGAAAUAUCCUUUACCUGAUGGCGGAAUGGAAAAACAAAAGAUCAGCCCAAGCCCUCAGAAGAAGCCUCGCCUGAUAGACGCGAAACCUCCUCCACGAGACACUUCUACAGAAGACGAGAGUGACAGCGAUGAAAUCAUUAAAGAAAACUGGACUAUGGGCAAAAUCAAUGAAAACAUUGUUUGUCCAAUUUGCAGCAAACUAUUUAGAACAGAAAAUGUAGUUUUUAAGCACGUGAAACAUUGCACGGGACCGUCGCCGAACAGGUCUGAUUCCGAUAAAAGAAGUCCGAGGCGAUCGCGACAUUCGCAGGAGUCUGAUUCUAAAUCACGUGAUGAAAGCCAGUCCGACGAUAUGGAUGACGAUGAGCCACUGAUCGUCAGGAAAACAACCCCUAAGAAGCGAAAAUCCAAAGAUUCUGUCGUCAAGUCUGAUGAUAAAGACGAUGUUAUCAUCAUCGAGGACACGCCAGUCAAAGAGAAGCCAGAAAAGAAAGAUAAAGAAGUUGACGAAAGAAAACAUCACGAGUCUCGAAAACCUAAGCCCGACUCUAAACAAAACAAUUUAGUUUGUGAAUUCUGUGGCAAAACAUUCAGGCAGUUAUCAUACUUAGUCAAGCAUAAACUACAGCACAAGAAAGAGGAAGUCAAGAAAAUUGAGAAAGAACCUCCUAUUAACCACAAGUCAGUGUAUAGCUGUGAAGUGUGCAAGAAGCAAUUCAGAAAGCUACACCAUUUAGUUCAGCAUCGGAUUAUACACAACCCGAGUUCGGUUCCUGCGAGAACAUUACGCAAGAGCUCAUCUGAACAGAACAAUUAUGAGAAGAAGGUUGAAAAAGAUCCGUCGACGUCAGCUGCUAAACAAAACGAUGAUCCCAGUGCCGGGUUCCGUUGUGAACCGUGUGACAAGUCAUUCAGAAAACUGCACCAUUUAGUGGAACACAGGGAAACCCAUGAUGGUAUAAACAGACAGAAAACUACGGUUGUAACACAAAACAGUGUCGAAAAGCCUGUUUUGUUGCACCACUGUGACAUUUGCAAGAAAACGUUUAACAAAUUACAACUUUUAAUUGAACACAAAGAGCAGCAUGUAGAGACCAGUUCUGAAAAGUCUGAUGAUAAGAGUGUUAAAAGUUCACUCUCGACCAAAGACAUUAUACAUGAAUGUCCACAUUGUUACAAAGUUUUCCCAAAUGAACACUCCCUAACUAAGCAUACAACUGUCUGUCAAAGAAAGAAGAGACAGUCGAAACAAGAUACGCCUGCUGAAAAACCAGAAGAUGUAGAACCCAUAACUGAGACCACCGCCCCGAAAACUGAAGAAAAAGUCGAAGACGAUUUAGACUCAUCAGUACUUGUGAUUGAUGAAACGAAAAAUGUAGUUGAAAAACCUGUAGUUGUUAAGACAAUAGAAAUGCCACAAAAACAACCCGAAGCAGCUAAAGUAAUACCUCAACCAAUAGUCCCAAGAACGGAAAAAGUUAAGGAAAUUGUACCAGUAAAAGUUGAAACUAAACCACCUCAGAUCGUACCUGCGAAACGAGAGUUCGAAGAGACACAAAAUACCAAAAUCGAAGCUAAGUCGGAAGUACCAGAAAAAAUUAAAAAAGUUGAUGUUAAAGAAAAUCCUAAAGUUAUACCUGAAACUCCUAAAAAGAAAACUGUUCUUAAAGAAAAGUCUACUGCUAGUGCCAGUAAGCGCAAGUCGCAGGUCGCGCAAGCCGCGGUGAAGCCUGCGCCUGCUCCCGCUCCGCCCGCUGAAGACGUCAAACCAUCGAUAGAAUCGAGUGAUGACGACGAAGUGCGGUACAUGCUCAAUCCUAACUUCAAAGUUGAGGAUACAACAGAAGAAAAAGUGUUCAUGAAAGUCAAAGCUAAAAAGCGCAGCUCCCUUCAGAUAGAACGACCCAACUCCAAAGACUUAGUAAAACGAAGAACGUCGUUACAACACCCACCGAAAAUACCGCGCCUCAAGCCGAAAGCAGUCGAAACGAACUCAGUUACGGUAAAAAAUAUUGUAAAAGCACAAAAGCUGGAGCCAAUAGCAUCAACGGAUUCUGAUGAUAGUGAAACUGUAAAAUACUCUUUCCCGAAAACUGUUCCUGAGAAAACAACGAAACCCGCACAAGACCGCACAUCAAAAGAAUUAGAACGUAAAACUCAAAAGAAUUCAGUAGUCGAUAAGAGAAAGUCUUUAAGUGCAAUCGCCAAGAGGAAAUCUUUGGGGAAAGCUGUCGUACCCAGGCACAAAGUCUCACCUGUAAAGCAAAUCAAGAGAAGGACGUUGGAGGUGGAGCACCGCUGCGACUGCGGGCAGUUGUUCAGCAGCGCGGCGCUGCUGUCGCGCCACACGACGCUGGCGCACACGCCGCCGCGGAUCCGCCGCCGCCGCUCGCCGCCGCCCGACGACAAGCCCGCUGCCAAAUCACUCCCGCGCAAAUCUUGUCGCAGAAAAACCUAGACUAACUUGAGUGUAACGUUCUAGUGCUCGAAAUAUCUCUAGCACCUCGGGCACUUGCAAGAAAUUGAACAAAAGCUAAGCAUAAACAACAAACUGAAAGCGGAAUGUCUGAGGUGAAGCGUCAAACGAAACAGAGUGCGCGAGGUACGUCAUGUGCUCCGAGACACGAGUAAUUCGGUAAAUUAAUAGAUAAAUAUUUUAAUGAGGAAGAUUCUGUAUGCAAAGAACACUUUAUUUGUGAAUUGUUAUAAAUGCGAAUACUGUUGAUUCUGUUCUAUAAUAUCCAGCUGUUAAGCAAGCAACGGUUUACGUGGUAUUGUACCACAAUGGCGUGAUAAAUUAUAAAACAAUAAUUGCGUCAUUUUGAAGCAUACCCAAUGAAUGAAGCAAGCACACAAAGUAAAAUUUGUCAUAAACUCGUCUUCCUCAUUAUAAGAAUUGGUUAAGUAAAGAAGUUGGACUGAAACAUUUAGACUUGGGAACAUAUUAAUAAGGGAACCGUUAGUAAUGUUUAGAUAAAUGAACGCAUCACAACGCUCACAAUGUAACAGACGGACCAUUGUUAAAUAAAAAUAUUUAUACAUGUUUGAUGAAAUGUUAAUUACAUCAAUACAAACAAUAUUUUUAACGUGAGUGGAUAGUUAAGCGUUGAUCUUGUCUAUAUGUAAAUGAGAACUUAAAAUAAUAAGUAUAUUUUGUCAAUUUGUUCUAUAGUUUAGAUAUUAUGUAUGUAUAAGAGUAAAUAUUUAUGUUUUAUUAGAUAUAGGGAUAUAUAAUUUCCUUUGGCAUUAUCGGUUAGCAAGCUGUAACUUUCAGUCAAACUGUAAAUGUUCGCCAUUCAAUGUUUCAUCUGUUUCGUGUUCGAGACGAUAAGCCUAAAUAUAUUGCGAGAAGGUGCAAAUUUAUGUUGUAAAACUAUAUUAGAAUAACAGAACUCCAUAUAAUAUUUAUAAGUAUUGUUUGAGGGACUUUAAAUGAGCUUAUAAAUGAUGUUUAUGUUGAUUUGAAUGAAGUUGUAUUGUACAAUGCUUAUAAUUAAUUAAUGAGCUUCCUCGUCAUGAAAUCUGCGUUGUUAGUAUUUCGUAGUAUGUUUUCAUCAUAAUUAUAAGGGAUUAGAGGAAUUUACACAUCAGAUUUUAUUUUGUGUAGAUAAUACUAUGAAGUUUGAAUACAGCAAGACUUCAAGUUUGAUAUUUUUAGGCUUGGGAUAGUAGAUUCGAUGUUGCUAUUAUGUUUAUGAAAUAUGUAUGUUAUAUAGUUCAUUACCAGAAAACCAUACCAUGUUGUUGAGAUAUUUGCUAUUGUUUUUACCAUUUACGUUAAGCAUAGCUACGGUAUAUAUACUUGGCGCUUCUCUGAAUCAAUUCUGCCGGUAUGUUAAUAGUAAUUCAUGUGCUGAGUUGAUAUUUGUUCUGAUAGUCAUCAAAUAUAUCACAGUUAGUUUUCUAGUUUCACUAAUUAAUGUUAGCUAUAAUAGUGGCAAAUUGUUUGCAAAAUAUUGACAAGAGAGUGGUGUCUUGUUAGUCUAUGAGUGUUCAUACAAUGAUACUCUCCAAAUUUAUAGUGAACUAGGACCAAAA